ACAACGCAAAACUCUCCCCGCGCGCCACGGCGCGUCCGAGAAUAGCCACAGCCACCCCGCGCGCAACGCCGCAACGCCCGCCCGUCGCGCGCACCAGCGCCGUCGCGCGCGGCGCGCCACCCCAGCCCCCAACACACAAAAGCAACGCCAAGCCUCGCACGCGCGCGAGGCCGACGCAAGGAGGAGAGGCUGCCCCGGGGGGAGAGAGAGAUCACCCGCCUCGCCGCCCGCCCGCGCCGCGGCGGAUCGAUGGAGCUGUUCGAGCGCGCGAGGACGGUGCGGCUGCGCGGCCACCAUGACAAGUACCUGUACGCGGAGGAGGACGAGUCGCGCGUCUCCCAGGACCGGAGCGCCUCGUCCCCGAACGCGCGGUGGUCCGUCGAGCCGGUCCCCCACGCCCCCGGCGUCCUCCGCCUCCGCAGCCACUACGGCCGCUACCUCUCCGCCUCCAACGAGCCCUUCCUCCUCGGCGUCACCGGCCGCAAGGUCCUCCAGGCCCUCCCCCACCGCCUCGACUCCUCCGUCGAGUGGGUCCCCGUCCGCGACGGCGCCCACGCCCGCCUCCGCACCCGCUACGGCAACUACCUCCGCGCCAACGGCGGCCUCCCGCCGUGGCGCAACUCCGUCACCCACGACGUCCCCCACCGCCACGCCGGGUGGAUCCUCUGGACCGUCGAGGUCGUCGAGGUCCUCCCGGAAUCCCUCGUCCCCGCCCCCAUCGCCUCCGACGACGACCCCGCCGCGCCGCAUUACAAGACACCUUCUCGCGGGCCCUCUCCCGUGCCGACGCCGGCGCUGGCGCCUGCUUCGCCGCCGCGGCACCGUCCGGCGAGCCCACCUUCGUACUUAGCGCGGCCACCGCCGCCGCCACCGGGCUACAUCGAGCCACCACAGGGAUACAUCGAGCCACCUCCACCGGAGCCCACCCUGGCGAGAAUUGAGUCCACAGAAUCCUUCUCGCUGCCGCUGCACAAGGUGGAUGGGCGGGCGAUCCACUACCACAUUGGGGAUGACAACGGCGACAUCGGCGAUGAUCAGGAAGGACACUCAUUCACGUUCAACGGGACUAGCCUGGAGGAGCUUUUGGAGAGGUUGCAGGAGGAGACGGGGCUCAACGACGUGAUUAUCUGCUCUCGUAGCCCGAUCAAUGGGAAGCUCAUGCCCCUCCGCUUGCAGCUGCCGCCCAACAACGCCGCCAUGCAUAUCGUGCUCGUGCGUGAGUCAUCAAAAGUGGCAAAAUCAUUUCCAUGACCAUGUGGUAAAAUUUGAAGAGGGUGGUGUCAGCGACUCAAAUCAAGCAAGAACUGUGCAUCUGUUGUAUAUAUUGUAAUCCCUGUUUAUUAUCAGUUCCACUGGCUACCAUAAUCAAGUAUUAUUCUUCCAUCUUCAGGAGAUCUCAUUCUUGUAAGUAUUUGCUUCUGUCAACUUUUUUAUCAUUUAUUCAACAGGUAGAGUGAUCUCUGGUAGCUAAAGACCCUUCAAAAUGCCUAUCCUGUCAUUCCUCAGUUCUAUAGAAUAAACUAUUCUCUAGGAAAUCCACUUGUUCUCCUUUUCCAUUUUGAUUUUAAUACAUAAAAUCAGAAUGUCAUUGUUAAUUAAUUACCCGUGAAGGUAUAUUACUGCAGAAAAACCAGAAACUUAUUUCAUA